UCAUGAGGAUACUAAAUGCAGUGGAUCCCUCACCAGCUGGAUUACAAAGAGCACAGCUACCAUUUCUUCGAUGGACCUUUUAAUGCCUACAGUCUCAGAUCAACACAGCCUGACCCUCCUGCACCAUCAGCAGCAAGAGCAGCAGAAACCCCUCAACAGCAACAUUGUACCCCAUCAGGUGGAUCAACCUUUCCAAAGUACCCACGGAUUAUACCGUUCCUGGGAUUGCUGAACGCUGUGCUGUUGAUAACGGCUGUUGUUAUUGGAGUUAACUGUGCCAAAGUCAAAGAGGGCUCUUUGCACAUUUCCAACCCAGCUGUAACACAGCUCUUCAGUGAGCUCGACUAUCUCCGAAGCAACCACAGCGAUGUGAUUGAAGCUGAAGAGGAGGCCAAGAAGGCGUUAGAGAGCGCGAUCAACAACCACAAAGAAGUAAAGGUGAAAAUUGAGCAGCUGAAGACCGUCAAUGAUGGUUAUCAGAAACAGAUGCAAGCACUGCAAAUGGAGAAGGCAAACCUGAAGUCCAAUAUAUCAACUUUAGAGGAAUCUUGCGGCGGAUGCCUCCCUGGUUGGGCUCUUUUCAACUCGUCCUGCUAUUUCUUCUCCUACAUCGAGUCCUCUACUGUCAAAAAGAACUGGCAUGAGAGCAGAGAGGACUGUGGUAGUCGUGGAUCUGACCUGGUUGUGAUCGAUAACCAGGAAGAGCAGAAAUAUGUGAGUAACAUGAUCCAAAAUAUGAAAACCACUUCUAAUAUCUGGGAGAAUGGAUUCUGGAUUGGAAUCACUGACAUGGAGAAUGAGGGGACCUGGGUAUGGAUUAAUAAUGUCACAGAGGUAGAACAAAGGUACUGGAUGGAUGGAGAACCGAACAACAUUGGAAAUGUGGGAGAACAUUGUGGGGUGACAGUUCACUCCACCUUUAAUCCCUGGAAGACCCGUUAUGAUGGAAAGUGUGACUUUCAGCAGCUGCACUGGAUAUGUGAAAUGUAAUAAAAAAACACCUCUUUUCACUCCUAAUAUGAUGCUCAAGCAGUCUGUAAUAGAUAUGAGUAAAACAUUUUUAACCAUAAAUUAUUUUAGCAGUUUUCUGCUAAUUCUUCAUAUUUAGAAUCUACAGCAGUGCAGUAACAUUCAAAUUACUUUAGAGGCCUGUAAUAAUUAACAUUAUUUAAGAAAUAAAAAUCCAUUAAGUAAGUAAGUAAGUAAAUGCCACGCACCAGACAAGAUGACGAAAACCACCUAUAAGAAGAAGCAGCACAUAUACUGAAAGAAUAUUUUAAAUUGAUCUACUGUUCUUGCUGUGUCAACUGUUUGAUAGCCGUGUUUUUGUGUCUUUGAAUUGUGUGUUUUUGUCAUGUUUUUUCAAUAAAAAAAUCUCUAGCUGAA